CUGUGUUUGAUUUUACUUAUCAACGGUGUAGCUUAAUAAAAGAAAAUUAACUUUGCAGUGCUGAAAAGAAAAUAUGAUGGAAAUAAACAAAUAUGAAAACUGGAUUUUUAAUAUACGAUUGGGAAAAUUUCUUGGUUACUACUAUAUUCUAAAUCCAAAAACGGAAAAAAGUCUUAAUUUUUUUUGUUUUCUGAUGAAAUUCGGUAUUAUUUACGUUGCAGCAAUAUCGACGUUCCUUCUGUUUGGACUGUACCACUGGAAAAAUGACAUAACUCAAUUUACAUUACAGCUUGUUGUAUUACAGAAUUUGCUCUUUGCUAUCUACAGAAUGUGUUUAAUUAUGAAAGAUUCUAAAAUUAUUUGGGAUAUCUUAAAAAUAUCUAAUCUUGAGUUCUUAACCAUUGAAAAUUAUAAUAAAAAUAUUCUGAACAUAUGGCGAGACAUAUCAAUAAAAUUUACCUAUUUGAUUGCAAUAUUAACUUUUUCUUUAUUACUAAUUUGGUCAUCAUGUGGAUAUGUUUUUAAUAAUAGUUACAUAUUUGUAAAAAACCAUGAUGGUACAUACAGUAAUUAUCAUUUAAAUGUUUACAAUUUUUUUUUGGGCUGUUUAUUUGAAGUAAUAUCAGAUAUAAUUUUAAUAUCAAUAUGUUUAUCAAUAACAGGUCAAUUAGAAGUGAUUAACGAUAGCUUUGAAAAUGUUGGAUUGUACAAAGAAAAUAUAUUACGACAAAGUAUCAAUGUUAAGGAAUUUCAGGAGAAAGUUAAAUGCGACUUGAAAAAUAUUAUUUACAACACUCAAAAUGUUAUUAGAAAGAUGGAACAAUUUUAUAACUUAUUUGGACGAUUAAUUUUGCUCCAAAUUGUAGUAAUAUCUACUUCUUUGAUACUUUUUUCAUAUACUGGAAUGUUGCACUUUAUUAAUGGCGGAAUGGUUAAUUCUGUUCAGACUGUUAAAGUUAUUUCACCAUUUUUAGUUUUUGUUAUUCAAUUAUUUAUACUUUGCUUCAUUUUUGGAAUUAUAAAUGACAGGAAAGAUUCACUGGUAUUUGGAGUUUAUAACUCGAAUUGGACAGAAAUGAACUUAGAAAGUAAAAAGCUCGUUUUACUAACUAUGAAAAUGAAUAAUGCUCAUCAAUCAAAAAUGAAAAUAACUAGAUAUAAAACCAUCGACUUAACUAUGUUUAUAGCUGCUUUAAAAAUGUGUUAUUCGGUAUUUUCAGUAUUAAGGAAUACACAACUAAGCAAUAACCAAAUUUAAAUAAUGGAUACAAUAUAUUAAAAAUGGAAUAAAUAUAAAUGAAAAUUUAAACUUAUAAAAAAGCUAGUUAAUUCUUAUGUAGCAGUCGAUAUGUGAGCACAAUUUAUAUUUUCUCUUAUUUCUUUUGUAAAUAAAUCAGUAAAUUUUUGUUUAAGUUUAUACAAAUAAUAAUCGUCUGUGCAUUAAUAAUUCAAAGAUGCUACUUAAAAUCAUGUAGGAGCUAAGAGGUAAACAUAUUAUAUUAUUUCUGUAUUAAUAACGGAGCGGUAACAACAAGGCGUCUUUCAACAGUCACUCAUCUUAGUUGCCUACUCCUUUAGUAUAGCGAUACCACAAAAAAACAAGCUGACAUCGGUUGAUACUAUUACCUUAUCUCACACAAUAAAUAACUCAAAUAAACUCCCUUAUCCAAACAACUGUAACAUAUUAUUUCACAUAUUAAAAUUGUUCAAUCUAGAUAUCCAAUCAUAAAUUUUAUGCAGUUCUAAACGUGUUUUACCACCAAGUCAUUUAACAAAAUCUAAAAAACCCAAAUUGACAACAAACAUUUUCAUCGCGUCUAAUCGUUACGAGGCUAUUCAGGAUAUGUUAAUGACAGUCAAAUGAUUUCUGAAUAUUCGAAUGAAUAACUAACUCCUCUCCUCAAAAAUUUAUACAUUGAAACGUGUUAGGAUAGAUAAGUUUUCAGUUUGUUUUACAUAUCAAAUUGACUAUCUGAAAAAUCAAUUUUGAUUUUGAUCAUUUAAAACAAUAUCAUUUAGCAAACUUAAAUCAUUCUCGUUCUCAAUGGAAAUAUAUAAUUGUGUAUUUGUAAGGGGAUAUACUUCUAUAUCGAGUAACUUUAAUUGGCGAAACAAUCAAUAAAAUGGUCAAUGAAAUCUAAAAUCAUUUUUUUGGUCAUGGUUUAUACAAUAACAUGUUACCAAAAAAUAUAGAAUACUAUAGAAUGGUUCUAGAACACACGAAUAGAGGUAAAAAGUUAUUAAAUAAGUAACAUUAUUCAACUUUGUAAUUAAAAUCUAUUAUUGUAUCAAACCUAUUUCGACAAUAUAUGCAUUAAAAACAUUAGAUAUAAAUGUAACAUUAGCUUUAAUUUGAUAUAUGUUAAGAACACGGAAUACUUCCAAAACAUUUUCAAAAGUUCUACUUUUUAUUCGUAUUUUUCAAGUUUUGUAUCUCCUCAGUAUAAAGGGAAAUAGCAUAAUUAAAAAAAAAAAGUAUGUCGAAUGAAAGGGGUAUACAUAUAUUUUUCAACAAAUUAUAGCAAUUUAAAAUUGAAAAAAUAAAAUAUGGCUUCGAAAAUUAUAACACAGUAGUAGCAUAAUUGUUUAACUACAUUACCUAAUUGCACUUAGAGAUAAACUGUCGGGACAAAAAUUUUAUUUUUGAACUUAUAGUACUUAUAGAAAGAUUCUACUAUUGAAAUAUGCAGAACUGAAUUAAUUUUAAUGAUUUACUUUAACUAAAAAACCAAUAAAAAAAAAGUUGUUAAAAAGAUUGUUGCGGUAAAAGUAGGUGAUGAAUAAAAUAAAUAAUGCUAGUUGGUUUUCCAAGUGGCGUCGAGCCGUUUAAUGAAAAUAAAAACAAGAAUUGUAACACAAAAGAUUAUAUGCGAACCAAUAGUAACAAUAAUAAUACUAAAAAUCCGUCGACAAAAUAACAAGGAAAAAGACCGAAAUUACGGUAGCGAUUUGGUUGGGUUCACGGACGUUGUAACCAGUGGUGUAGUCCUAAAAAUGUUUAUGGGUAUACGCCUAUAUUAUGAAUAGAUAAUAACGUGGGGGGCGGAGCCCCCCACACUCCCCAUUGCACUUUAUAUUUUCUACAUACAAUAUUUCACAAUUAUUUUGUUGAACUUUUAACUUUAUACAUUAUUAACAGUGAUAUAGUCGUAAUUUGAUCAAUAGAUAAGUUAAAAACCUAAAUGAGGAAACGUGGGGAAUUCCACCCCCACACUACUUUUCAAAGGCCUUAACUAUAACAUAGUUUUGGGGGACGAAAUACAAAUAUUGUGAUGUUUUAACUGUGUUAAAAAUAUGUAUUUUCUAAUUAUUACAUAAUGCAACUAAAACUCCUAACCCUCCCAGAUACGGCCUUGAUCCUUCCAACUUCCAAACUAUUACUCGAAUAUUUUUACUGACACUUCUAAGUUCUUACAUAAAUUAAAUUUCAUAGUCAUAUAAUCGAUAAGUGUAUUAUUAGAUACUGUUAUAUUUUUUAUAAAUAAACAAUAAACUUUAUGCAGUAAUAAAAUAAUCUUACAAUCAUUGUUUUCAAAUCGUUAAAACAUAAAUGAAAUAAACGUGAAUGGAUACAUGUUAGCACUAUCUUAAUUCAUUAUAGGUCAUAUAUUAAAUACUAGAUUGGUUGGUAAACGGUUUAUUACGGAAAAAUACAAAUUACCAAUUUCAACAGCUAUAGGUUAACCCAAUAACUUUCAGUUUCAACUUAGUAUGUGCUAUAUCGUUAAUUUCUGGUCGAUGAUUUAAAUUUUGUCAAAUGUCAAUAAAAUUGUCG